AUGCCUAGGGGUGGUAACAUUCCCCAUGAAAUGCUAAUGCGUCCCAGCUACUUCUUUUUAGAAGUUCCUCCUAGCCAAGUUACUGUUGGUCGCCGGUGUGGUGGAUCAUUGAAGGUCUAUGUGUCGCUGUUGUUCGUAGUUGAUUGCAACUCGCUGUGGCUGGGAGUGAGUUGCAGCAUUGUAGGUUUAAUUGUUCUUUUGUAUCGUGGUUGCCGGCAGCGAAUUUUGGUGGUCGUGAUAUGCACUGGUGAAGAAGACGGUGUAAAGCCCAAUCAGAUUGACCCUAUUCUGUUUAAGGAGUUCAAUCAGCCCAGUCCACCUGCUUCAGGUUCGAGACAGUUCAGGCUUCCUGAUACAUUUUCUGGUUCGAUUCAGGCUUUUUCAGGCCUUAUCUGCAUUGGUUCCUUCUUGUUUAGCACUGGUUCCUUCAUAUUGGCCCUUACAUCUUACAGAUCUGCAGCAGUUCAGCUGUUUCUAGCACAUAUUUAG